AUGAUUAAGUAGAAUUGUUUUCAAAAUAAAUUUGAGAGAGGGAACAAACUGAUUUUGGUCAUGUUCUGCAAUGAGAAGAAAACCUUGAAUAACAGAGUAAAUCGAAAGCUAAAACAAAUUAUCAGCCGUUGCUGAUCGAUUUUGUAGGUUUUUAUCAAACUUAAUUUCAGAAUUAACAUGAUGAUGGAACUCUUAAAGAUGAAUUUAAAAUUUUGGGGAUCAUACUUAAGAAUCCUUAAAUGAUGAAGGUCUAAUUUGGAUUCUAAGGUCAAAUCUAAGCUAGGGCAAAAACCUCUUUCAGAAUCAAUUUAUCUAAAACAAGUUCAAUUAUUUAGAUGUUUUCAAUUUAAAGCUACAAGCCUAUAUCAACACCUUUUUCAAGUAUUAAUGAAAAAUCGUAAUAUAGGAGUUCUCUACUGUUGUAUCGAACUUUCUGAUGGCUAGAAAAUUGAGCAACAAUUCUUUAUUUAUUGA